AGUACAGUAUUGCACAAUAGACUGUAGACUGAAAACAAUCGCCAUUUUAAGUAAAGUGAAGAAACACAAAGCCAGUACAGUACAGAUUAUCAUAAAAACAUUUGAAAUGAGACUAAAAUUAAAGUUUACUGAUAAAAUUCAUUUUUAGUUACAAUGGCAGAACCUGGAGCAGACCUUGAAAGAUGCAUUAAACAUCUAGCAGUAAAAGAAAGCCCUGAAUCUGAAGAAGAUGGAAAAAAAGAAGUAGAGGAGGAAUCUACUGGCGCAGCUUCAUCUGUACAAACUUUGCGAUCAAACAAAACUAAUCCAGAAGAGUAUGGUGUCCAAAAUCCCAAUACAGCCUCUCUACCAACACCAACUGAAACCCAUUUAACUGAUCCCCAGCCUGAACAUAAUGUCAUACAAAGAAGAAUAAAGUAUAAGCCUAAAAGAAAAAAUCGUGUGGAAUGGCAGGAUAGACCAUCCACAUCAAAUGAAACACAGUUGUAUAUUGGGAAGUAUGAUGAUGGUUACACAGAGCCUUGUUUUGUGGUUGUUAAAGAAGCUAAAAACUGUAAUGAAAUCAAAAUGAUAGAAGUGAUCGAACAGAAUAACAAUAAUCCUAUUGUAGCAAAACUGAAGCACCAUGAAAAACAUGGGGAUAUCUUUGUAUUGGCCUUUGAAAGAUGCGAAUUCUACAAUAUCAUUGACCACAUCAGUACAAUGUACAUUGAUGACAGGGCAUAUACCCUUAUUGAAAAUAUCAUAAGGAAGGUGAAAAAACUUCAUGAAAUGGAAAAACCAGUAACUCACGGAGAUAUCAGAUGCGAACACAUGUGGAUAUCUGUGAAGGGUGAUGAUGUGCAAGUUAUGUUGGCAGGCCUGGAAAAAGCCUCUACUAAACUGAGUGACUCCAACCCAUUUGAGGAUGACAUAGUUAGCAUUGAAAAGAUUUGCUACAUCAUCAUUGCAGUCUCAUACCGUAUUUUGGUCACAAAUGGAGGUUCCCUAAAUCUGAAGCAUGAAAAUGUGGAUCUUGGAACCAUAAGAAAUAUACUAGAUGGUAAACGCAUGACAGCAGCCUACCAUUGCUUGACUGAUCUUCUUAAAGCUAUGGUUGAUGACCCUGCAAUGAGUCUUAAAAAAAUUGAAAAUCACCCCUUUUUCUGGGAUGCCCAUAGAUGCCUUUCUUUCAUGAGAGAUGCAUUUGGUAAACAACAAGUACACCAUCCUGCCUUCACGAGGCUUGACAGAGUUGAAGUUGCAACUGUAAUUGAUGUAGAUAACUGGUACACAGAGGUUUCUGAAAUUUCUACUAAAAGUAACUUUUUAGCUCGUGGUGACUACAAUGGAGAGAGUAUGGUUGAUUUGAUCAGGUAUAUCAGGAAUGUUGACUGCCAUUUUUCACAAGAUAAGAACGGCCGUAAUGUGAGUUUUUUUGGGCAGUACCCACAGGGGCUUGUCAAAUACUUUAACGAGAAAUUUCCAAAGCUGUUUAUCUUCUUGUAUAGAUUUACAGAACCAUUCACACCCAGACCGUCAGAACAACAAAGAACACCACAAGUGAUUAAUGCUAUAGAACACCAAAGACCAGUGAGCAGAAACAUGGCAGCACCAAGCCGUGCCCUGGACAAAAGAUUUGUGCAAACAAGGUCUGGAGCACCAAAUCCUGGCAACAGGUCCAGGCAGGCAAAUCAGCCACAGCGACGUUACUGUGGAUUCUGCAACAGGAACACUCACAACACUGAAGAUUGCAAAAAAUAAUAUUGCUAAUAAAAUAAAACAACAGUACCAUUGUUAAUGAUUUACUUGCUGAAUUUUAACUAGUGGUUGAUACAUAUAUUAUUCUUCAGCAGUAGCUUUUAUUAGACUGUCAUUCAUUUUUUUUUCCUUCACUUUUUCAAGGGACCAAACAGAAGAAUCAAGAUAAAUUCUUGGAACAUAUUGUUAGUCUAUAAUAUAUAUUUGCAUUUAUAACUAGCUUAUCAUGUGUAAAAAGUUUAAUUUAAUAAUUUAUUAUAUAUGCUAUCUGGUGGUUUAUAGAGAUUGAUCAGUAAAAUCAAAACUUGAUAGUUGACAAACAGUUUGAUAUGUUACACUAUAAAGCUUGUUCUUGUUCUGGAUGUCCUAAUCAAACAUCAGCCAGCCAAAAGCUUGGACAAAAUAUCAACAAAUGAUGUUAAUUUUGAAAGGAUUUGGCAAGCUUUUUAAAUAUACAACUGAAACUAAAUGUCCUUUUCAUACUUUGUAGGCAUAUUCUGAAAUUAUAACUGUUCGAUUCAGUGUAAGGCUGCCAUAAAAUUUACAUUGGAACACCAAAAGUUUAUUAUUUGCUCAUGGCUAUGACAAUCAAUAGACAGCUGUUCCAAUUUUACACUAAAACAACUAAUUAUCCUAUAUUUCUUAUACAAGUUAUUUUUUUAACUGAUAUGUUGUAUUAUAUUAAUUUUGUGUGUUUUUAUUUUAUUAUUAUAAAAUGUUUAAGAUGCUAUACAUAUAGUUUAAACAACCUUCUUAACCUUGAUAUUGUGUAUAUUUGGAAAUCAUUGAUAAGUUUCUGACAAACCUGCUUUUGUCUUUUAUAACCUUGUGUGAAGUAUACAACAUACAAUGCAUAAAAAAUACAUAAUUUUGUACUCAAAUAUAUAACUACAGUCAUUAUGUACAAUUAAAGCUGCACUUUCUCAGAGUGAACAUUUUGAUGUUUUUUUAUUUUUUGCCUUGGAACGAGCCAAUUUUUGCGAAAAUGCAUGGAAACCAGUUAAAUAAGAGUGCAGAAAAUAAAUUAGAUUGAAGAGUUUUAUAUUUAAGUUCAUAAAUUGAUGUUUUAUGCAUUUUCUUAAAACGUAAGUAACGGUUUACGGUUUAAGCCAUAAAACAUUAAUUUUUGAAAGGAAAUAUGACAAUCUGCGAUCUGAUCUUUUGUCAGCAAUCUUUUAUCAUUGGUUUGCAGAUAUUUAAGCAAAAAUUUGCUCUUUCCAAGACAAAAAGUAAAAAAUGUGUAAAAACUAUAUAUCUGUGAGAAUGCAGCUUUAAUAUUUAAAUGUGUUUUAAUUACAAUUUACAUGUUAAACUGUUGAAGCAAGACUACAAUACAUAUUUUUUUUUAAAUAUAGCACUGAUCAUGACUUGAAAAAAGUAUAACUACAAAUAUAAUUAUGUGUAUUCUUUAUAUAUAGUUAGUAUACUAACUUAUGAAACUGUAUCAUUUCUUUAUAAUAAAAUUCAUAUUAGACAUG